AUGCUUUCGCCUUUUAACACAACAAACCAAACCACGUCUCAGGAUCCCAAACAUAUGCCAGGAUAUGCAGGCUACUGUCCUCAAGCAAAGUUCUGGCAUUACGGCGACACAUUCGGUAACACCACGGCGAAAUGCUUCCAGGAGAAAAGGACCGCUAAACUGAAUAGCAGUGUGAUGAGGCAGCCAGGAACAAGUGGUGAUGGGAGAACUGAAUUCCCAACUGUGUACUCCAACAAUCCAAACCUUGUGCUUGCUGCUAGAACGAGAACAAGGGAGCGAUGGCGAAAUGCUAAGAAAUAUUCGUUAUUCAACGAGCACGAAAGAGGAAGAGAACUAAAAAAAUUUGACCAGCUUGCCCAGAGCCAUCGUGAUCACUACAUGGAUAGAAGCGGCACAGUUCAAAGAGUGGAACACUUUGUUAUCUCACGAAAAGAAGGACCCAAGAUUACGGACGACAACUUCUUUUGCAAAGGAGUGAAAAUAAGUUGUCCCUUGAGUGGCGAACUUAUACAAACUAUUAACGGGAAGUGCACAAUCCAUCUCGGGCUCCCCCUCAAAAUGAGCCCCACUUCAAUGUGUACCUGGAGGGACCGGGCCUUGAGAGAUGUGUACUUUGAGAAGAGAUAA